AUGCUUUCUGCUGCUCUCGUCACUCUUUUACUCUCCCUAUUUACAACACAAGCUAACUCGAGCUGGGGCCACCCUACAAAUGCUGACCCGUUCUCAUACGAUCCGGGUUUUGACAUUGAAGCAGUCGCAACGAUAGCCAAGGCGCUUCCAUCGCAUUCAUGGGAAUACGGUACUGCUACUGAGGCUUUACUUGAGUUAUACAACUCUUCCUACUCUGUUUUCGGAUCAGCACCAUUUCCUGUGCCAUUUCUUGUACCAGAUGGUGUACCUUCGCUCUCCUAUGCAGCGCAGAAUAUCGUCUUAGGAUCUGGUGCGAACGGUCUCUCGGAUGGAGACGGUGCGGUAGGUGACCCCGCGAGUUUGGGUGUCGGCGCAGUUAUGUUGGGCAAGACAAAUGCGUCGUUUGCACAAGGAGCAAAUGAAGAAUUUGCAUACAUCGCGGGUCAGGCUCCUAGAUGGUAUAACGGUGCUAUUUCUCAGCGCACAGACGUCCCCGAGCUUUGGGCAGAUUGGAUGUAUAUGGCUCCCCCUUUCCUUGCAUACUACGCUGCAGACACUUAUAACACCUCGCUCUUGCGCUUAGCCGUUGACCAAUGCGGACUUUACCGCCAAGCACUCAAGUCCAACCUUACCUCUUCUGUGUCCUAUGACGGUCUUUGGGAACACAUUGUUGGUCCUCAGAGUGCUGACUUUGGUCUUUGGGGCACUGGCAACGGCUGGGCUAGCGCAGGCAUGACUCGUGUUCUAGCCACUGUGAUAAAUGCGCCCUCGUCGACUACCUACGGUUGGAAAGACAAUGCUGUUAGGAAUCUUACUUCGUGGAUUCAAGAGAUCGUUGACGGUGCUAUGGGCGCGCCUAUGAUUGAUGGUUUGUUGAGGAACUACCUCAACGAUACCUCUAGUGAUGGGUUAGGAUUUGGAGAUAUUUCUAGCUCUUCUCUUAUUGCAUCUGUUGCAUAUAGGAUGGCGGCGUUGCAGCCACAGACUUUUGGCUCCACAUACAUCCAAUGGGCGGAAGGUAUUCGAACCACUCUCGGUGGAAAUGAUUCAGCCGGUAAUCCUCACGUUACGAGCAAUGGAACCGUAACGCCUGCGGUUAACCCUCUUAAUUGGUACGACACUACGCCAUACACCGCUGGUAGCCCUGAAGGCAACAACUUUGUCGUAUUGUUGUAUACUGCGUGGAGGGACUGCAUCAUCGCUGGUUUUUGCUCGCAGCCGUGA